AUGAAUACCUAUGUUCCAGGCCCGUUUGAUCCUAUGAGAGAAUUAUUAACAGCCAAGAACCCAUAUCCUCAACGGAAGGACUCACUGGAAAAAUUGGCUCCUUCAGAAGAACCGCUGCCGCCGAGACUGCCCCGAAAGGAUGGAUAUGGAGGAUUUGGACCCCCAAAGAAUCCAGACUCGAAUGGUUCGGCGACGCUUAGCCGGUCUGAAACGUAUCCCAAGCUUUCUCCAACAACAAAUCACUUCCAGACACAGCGGGUAACUUCAGCGCCAGGGUCUCGUUCCGAGCGCUUACGCACUGAAGGAGGCCAUGGGCACGAGUACAAGAGGUCGAUAGGCCCAGAUACCUCACGCAAGCCUCCUCCUCGCACAAGCUUGCUGCCAGAACACAGUCUGAGAAACACGAGCUCGGUUGAUCUGGCCGCAGAAUUUGGAAUUGGGAAUCCAUACCAUACACCGUCCGUUUCAGCAUCAUCCGGAUAUUCUGACUCUAGCCGUGCAAGCCGAAGCACUGCACUAACGAGUCCAACUAGCUCAGAAACCUAUCAAGCUGACCAAAGCCGCGACAUGAAUGAAGCUGUUUUCUCAACGGACAAGCUGAAGCCCGAAGACUUGCGCAUCGAUCCAUCUGCACCGGCUUCACAGAGAUUUUCUUCGCGAAUGGUCGAGUCCCCGUAUGGUGUCUCCCCUAGAAGCGCCCGGUUUGACGGUGCGUCCGGGGACAGCCCACGACGACCUCAUUCUAGAAGAGGAUAUAGUACCUCUCCGCCUCAAGAUAGCAAUUACGCCCCAGCGGGGUUUAGAAACGACCAUGGACCAACGGAAACUACUUCUCCGCAACGGCAGCAUACUUGGGAACGACAGGAUAUGCCCAACAGGCUGGCGCUUCCAUCUCGAGGUGACUGCAAAGCCUGUGGACUAGCCAUUAGGGGCAAGAGCAUUUCCUCGGCAGACGGUAGACUAACUGGCAAGUAUCACAAGGCUUGCUUUGUUUGCACCACUUGUACCGAGCCAUUUUCGUCGUCCGUCUUUUACGUUCUCGACGACAAACCCUAUUGCGAGCAGCACUACCACGAACUCAACGGCAGUCUCUGUGGCGAUUGCGGACGUGGUAUUGAAGGACAAUACCUUGAGGAUGAGGCGAGGGUCAAAUAUCACGUCGGCUGUUUUCGAUGUUUGGACUGCGGCGUAUCUCUGUCGGAAGGAUACUUCGAGGUUGACGGCCACUCUUAUUGUGAGCGAGAUGCGUGGAAACGUGUACAACCAGCGGUGUCUUCAGAGCCAGAGCCAUAUCAACGCGGACCACCCCGUGGUGCCGUUGGCACUCGAGCUCCACAAGGACUCCCUGCACGUCCAGCACCUCGUCUUGGUCAAGGAGGAAGACCUUAUCCACCUCCGCCCAACGGUAUUCCGAAUGGAGGACGUCUCGGGGUCGGUGCAGGUCAACAGUUCAGAAUGAACAAGCGCAUGACGCGCUUAGGCAACACGAACAUGUGA